AGAGAGUGCAUAGAGGGUGUACGCUACUCGCGUUGCUCCCCCGGUUAUAAUAUGAGUGACGUGCAGUGAAUGGCGUAGCGUGGUGAUGAUAAAUCUGUGAAAAGAGACAUGGCCGCGCGCCCUAAAGCGCCCGGCGAUUGUGGACCAUGUUCGGGGUCGUAGCAGGUGUGCCCAUUGACGGUGGGCGUACGAGCCGCGGCGGAGCGGGGGCCGUCGGCUCGCCGAGUUGACGACAUGCUCAUCGCUUCCAACGACACAGCCAACCUAUCAGACCUGGCGCUCGGCCCCGACCUCCCCACCAGCCCCUACAGCCUCGUCCAGAAGAUCAUCAUCGCAAUAAUCGCCAGCGUCCUCUCCGUACUCACCGUCGUCGGCAACUCCUUGGUCAUGAUCAGCUUCAAGAUCGACAAGCAGUUGCAGACGAUCAGCAAUUACUUCCUCUUCUCGCUGGCGGUCGCUGACUUCGCUGUUGGCUUGAUAUCGAUGCCCCUAUUCACAAUGUUCACCAUCUACGGCUAUUGGCCGCUAGGUCCACACGUCUGCGACACCUGGCUCGCGUUAGACUAUCUCGCGUCAAACGCAUCAGUGCUAAACCUUCUUAUUAUAAGUUUCGAUAGGUACUUCAGUGUUACGAGACCGUUAACGUAUAGAGCUAAAAGGACUACACGUCGCGCUACGGUUAUGAUCGGGGGUGCAUGGGGAUUCAGCUUAUUACUGUGGCCACCGUGGAUUUACGCCUGGCCGUAUAUAGACGGUGAGAGGAAAGUGCCGCCAAAUGAGUGUUAUAUUCAGUUUAUAGAGACUAAUCAGUUCAUUACAUUCGGGACGGCUAUCGCGGCGUUUUAUGUGCCAGUGACAGUUAUGUGUAUAUUAUAUUACAAGAUUUGGAGAGAGACAAAAAAGAGACAGAAAGAUCUUCCAAAUCUUCAAGGCGGGAAGAAACACGACUCGUCGAAAAGAUCAAAUUCUAGUGACGAGACGCGGGAAUUAGAUGCGCGGGCGCGCUCCGAGUCAGGCGACGCGGACUCCGUGUAUCACGUGAGAGGCGCUUUGGACCCAAGGUGGAGAGACUAUCAGGGUGCGAAAUACCAGAGCCGUCUCCGCGGUUGGGCAGCAGUUAGAAGUUGGUGUGUGGCAUGGUGGCACUCUGGCCGGGAGGAUCUGGAGGAAACUGAGCCGGAAGAAGAGCCCUCAGACCUGGGUUACGCAACUCCAGUAUCUGUGGAAACACCUUUGCAAAGUACGGUGUCGAGGUGCACCUCGUUGAAUGUGAUUAGAGACCCUUUCGCUGGCCGAGGAGGGUCUGGUGGAUCAAAUCCAGAUGGCGGUACUUCGCCUCUCAGACGGAACUUUGAACCCCCUCCCCCAAUCCCAAGUGCGCGAGACAGUCGUUCUCUUCCCCCAAAUACUAGAAUCAACACAGCUACCUCACCUGCACCUAAAUCAGCAUCCGCUGAUUCUGUCUACACAAUUGUAAUAAGGCUACCCGAUGCAGACUCUGAAAGACCAAGCAUCAAAAUGAUCACUGAGGAAUCUCCACCGACUAACGCGCGUGUUUAUCGACCACCUGCGAGAGGAGAUUCAGAACUAAAUCUACAUCCAGCUGGACAUGCUGGUUUGUCGAGAAGAACAUCUCAUAUACAAGAUGUAAGAAUACCACUUAAUGCAAAAAUAAUACCCAAGCAAUUGGCUGGUAAAGGAAUUACAGCAAAACAGCCCAAAAAGAAGAAAACGCAAGAGAAGAAGCAAGAAACGAAAGCAGCAAAGACACUAUCUGCCAUCCUUUUAUCGUUUAUCAUAACGUGGACGCCUUAUAACAUACUUGUGCUCUUAAAACCUUUGACAGCGUGUACCAAGUGCAUUCCUGACGAACUCUGGUCAUUCUUUUACGCUUUAUGUUAUAUUAAUUCGACUAUAAAUCCAGUAUGCUAUGCACUGUGCAAUGCAACGUUUAGAAGAACGUACGUUAGAAUUUUAACUUGUAAGUGGCAUAAUAGAAAUAGAGAAGCUAUGACUAGGGGAGUUUAUAAUUAGAAACGAAAUGUAGUGAAGGAAUAAUUGGCUAGGUUGUUUGGCUUGUGGGUAUCAAGAUUAUAAUUGCCCAAUCUUGAUGCCUUGGAUUGAAGAAAAUGUUGAUGAUAAUUAUUUUUACCUAAAAAAAUUUGACUCUAUCCCUUAUAGCUAAUGAUAAGUUACACAUUUGAAUUAUAAUUUAUGUAACAACUAAAUGAUCAUUUAAAAAAUUUAAAUUCUAAUUUUGUUAGUGAGUUGAACGUCCCGUCCAUUUUUUUCAUGAGUUACAUUUUGAUUUGUGUUUUUGU